AUGGCCGUCCAGUCAACACUUCGAGAGGAUCCUCUCUUGGCUCUGUAUCGCCAUUAUUCUGAUCUCGUACGCUCGAAACUACGCCACACUUCCAAAACGGCACGAUUGGUUGCAACAGUAGCACUUCUUUUCUCCAUCAUCACUUCCGGGUAUGGAGGCUACAGAUGGUUCCGAGGGAGGGCCAAGGAGCGAGCCCAGGGUCGCCGUCUUUUGCGCCGGAACUCUGGUAUCCGGGGUAAAGACGGAUCUCGGACCAUUUAUGUGCCAUACAAGGACUCUUUGACCUCUAAAGUCUUGAUUCAUCCCACAAAACCCACGACCUUCGACGCCCAUCGACGAUUGUUCCUCAAUCCCCCGGCCUCGGCUCGCAGCAAAGAUGACGGCUCGACAAACCAGAUUCCUCCGCCCACUACUAAACCAGGUCUGAACCUGGCAUUUCUACAUCAGUUUCUGAGCUUGGGCAGUAUCAUGGUCCCGCGAUGGGGAAGCAAGGAGACUGGGUUACUGAUGAGCCAUGGCCUUUUUCUCUUGUUGCGAACAUACCUUUCACUGUUGAUUGCGCGCCUUGAUGGUGAGAUUGUGAGGGAUCUUGUCGCCGGCAAAGGGAAAGCGUUCCUCUGGGGCAUCCUCAAGUGGUGUGGAAUUGGAACCCUUGCUUCAUACACAAACGCGAUGAUCAAAUUCCUUCAAUCAAAGGUGUCCAUCGCUUUCCGAACUCGACUGACAAGGUACAUCCACGACUUGUACCUAACCGACAAUAACAACUAUUAUAAAUUGAUGAACUUAGACGGUGGAAUCGGCCAAGGGCCCGACCAGUUCAUCACGCAGGACCUUACACUUUUCUGUACAGCGGCCGCUUCGCUGUACUCCUCAAUGGGAAAGCCGUUGGUUGAUCUUUUCGUAUUUAACUAUCAACUUUACCGCUCGCUCGGCCCUCUCGCUCUGAGCGGCAUUCUAGCCGGGUACUUCAGCACGGCGGUGGUGCUCCGGAAGCUGUCACCGCCGUUUGGAAAACUCAAGGCCGUCGAAGGAAAGAAAGAGGGAGAUUUCCGCGGCCUACACUCUCGACUUCUAGCCAAUGCCGAGGAAAUCUCCUUCUACGGUGGAGCUGAUAUCGAGCGAGUUUUCCUAGUCCGGAGCUUUAAGGACCUGCAGCGAUGGAUGGAAGGGAUCUACAGUCUCAAGAUCCGCUACAACAUGCUGGAAGACAUGAUCUUGAAGUACUCUUGGUCCGCAUUUGGCUACUUGGUCACUUCGUUGCCCAUUUUCCUCCCAGCGUGGGGUGGUUCUGGGGGUAAAUUGGAACUGGCCGAUGCCCCCGAAGGGAUGGGUCGCGAGCGUGGCCGCAUGAAGGAGUUCAUCACGAACAAGCGCCUCAUGCUUUCUUUGGCCGAUGCCGGAGGCCGCAUGAUGUACAGUAUCAAGGACAUUUCAGAACUCGCAGGCUACACCUCUCGCGUCUACGGCCUCAUUGCCACCCUACAUCGUGUCCACGCGGAUGCCUACUACACUCCAAGAGGCGCCCAUCCAGAACUAUACUCUCUUGCUGAUUCCCAGGGCACCACUCAUAAUGGCUUCGACGGGGUCCGCUUGGAGCAGGUCCCCAUCGUUGCGCCGUCUCUCUACCCAAUGGGAGGCGACGAGCUCAUCGAGUCGCUUUCAUUCAUCGUCCACUCGGGCGACCACCUUCUCAUCUCUGGUCCAAACGGCGUAGGAAAGUCUGCGAUUCCGCGCAUCGUUGCCGGGCUCUGGCCCGUCUAUCGCGGGCUUGUCAGCCGACCCCGAGGCUUUGGCCUCGACGGCAUCAUGUUCCUCCCGCAGCGGCCGUAUCUUAGCGUCGGCACUCUGCGUGACCAAGUAAUCUACCCACACACGGAGGUGGACAUGCGCGAAGCCGGUGAGUCAGAUGCAGCACUGCAGAAAAUCCUCGACGAUGCGCAUCUUGGAUACUUGCCACAGCGUGAGGGCGGCUGGGACGCUCGUAAGGAGUGGAAAGAUGUUCUUAGCGGUGGAGAGAAGCAGCGUAUGGGCAUGGCCCGACUGUUCUACCAUGAACCGCGGUAUGCAUUCAUGGAUGAGGGUACGUCGGCUGUUUCCUCAGACGUUGAGGGUUUGCUGUAUGAUAAUGCCAAAGAGCGCGGGAUCACUCUCAUUACGAUAUCGACGCGGGCGUCUUUGAAGAAGUAUCAUACUUUCAAUUUAACUCUUGGUCUUGGUGCCGAGGGUGAGGCCUGGGAGUUUGAGAGGAUCGGUACUGAGAAGGAGAAGUUGGGCGUCGAGAAGGAAUUGCAGGAAUUGCGCAAGCGGUUGGAUAAGGUUGAUGAGUGGAAGCAGCGUCGUGAGGAGAUUGAUACUGAACUCCAGAAGGUUUGGGCUAAUGGCGCUGAGAUUGCACCGCCACCUUAUCAGGAAGAGACACAUUCUGGCUCCGAGGAACUUGUUGAAGAACCUGCAGGAACUGCGAAUUGA